UGCCGCGGUGACGCGCGGGGCCGUGAGGAGAACCGCGGGCGAGAACCGGGAGAGGAACCGUGACGAGAGCUGUGAGGAGCCGCGCGGUCUCCCCGGGGAUGUCCCUCAGGCGGCCGGCGAAAGCGACUCACUCGAGCCCUGGGCGAUGGCAGAGGAACAACAACAGCCGCCACCACAGCAGCCCGAUGCCCAUCAGCAGCUUCCCCUCUGCGCCCCCAACCCCGGGGUGGCUCUGCCAGCUCUUGUGCCCGGGCUGCCAGGGACAGAGGCCAGCGCUCUGCAACACAAGAUCAAAAACUCCAUCUGCAAAUCUGUACAAUCUAAAGUGGACUGCAUUUUGCAAGAAGUUGAGAAGUUUACAGACCUAGAGAAACUCUACCUCUACCUUCAGCUGCCUUCUGGUCUCAGCAGUGCAGAGAAAAGUGAUCAGAAUGCCAUGUCGUCUAGCCGGGCACAGCAAAUGCAUGCCUUCUCCUGGAUUCGGAAUGCCUUGGAGGAGCACCCUGAGACUUCACUCCCCAAGCAAGAGGUCUACGAUGAGUACAAGAGCUAUUGUGACAAUCUUGGCUACCAUCCAUUAAGUGCUGCUGACUUUGGAAAAAUCAUGAAAAACGUCUUUCCAAACAUGAAGGCACGCCGUUUGGGCACUAGAGGCAAAUCUAAAUAUUGCUACAGUGGACUAAGGAAAAAAGCUUUUGUUCAUAUGCCAACACUGCCCAACCUUGACUUUCAUAAAACUGGAGAUGGGUUGGAAGGAGUUGAACCAUCUGGGCAGCUUCAAAAUAUUGAUGAGGAAGUUAUUUCUUCUGCUUGCCGCCUUGUGUGUGAGUGGGCCCAGAAAGUGUUAAGCCAGCCAUUUGACACAGUCUUGGAAUUAGCCCACUUCCUUGUAAAGAGCCAUUACAUAGGCACCAAGUCAAUGGCAGCUCUGACUGUGAUGGCAGCAGCACCAGCAGGACUUAAAGGAAUCUCCCAGCCUUCUGCUUUUAUACCUACAGCUGAAAGUAAUUCCUUUCAGCCUCAAGUAAAGACUUUGCCAUCUCCAAUUGAUGCUAAACAGCAGUUGCAACGGAAGAUUCAAAAAAAGCAGCAAGAACAGAAGCUACAAUCCCCAUUGCCAGGAGAAUCCUCAGCAAAAAAAUCAGAAGGCACUACUGCCAACGGAGUGGCUAAUCUACCCAAUGGGAACCCUGCGAUUCUUUCUCCGCAGCCCAUUGGGAUUGUAGUGGCAGCUGUCCCUAGUCCCAUUCCGGUCCAGCGGACCAGGCAGUUAGUAACUUCACCAAGUCCAAUGAGUUCUCCUGAUGGCAAGGUUCUUCCCCUCAAUGUUCAGGUGGUCACUCAGCACAUGCAGUCUGUGAAACAGACACCAAAGACUCCUCAGAACGUUCCAGCCAGUCCUGGUGGGGACCGUUCUGCGCGGCACCGCUACCCUCAGAUCUUACCCAAGCCAGCAAACAGCAGUGCGCUCACCAUCCGCUCUCCUACAACUGUGCUCUUUACCAGCAGCCCCAUCAAAACUGCCGUUGUACCCGCAUCGCACAUGAGUUCUCUAAAUGUGGUGAAAAUGACAACAAUCUCCCUCACACCCAGUAACAGUAACACCCCUCUUAAACAGUCCACCUCAGUCAGCAGUGCUACUGGGGCAACAGAGGACUCGAGGAGCAUUCCUCAGAUCAAGAAUGGUUCUGUUGUUUCUCUCCAGGCUCUGGGGUCCAGGGCCGGCAGCACUGGGGGGACUUCUGCUGUUGAAGUCAAAAUAGAAUCAGAAGGUUCAUCAGAGGAGCAUCCUCUACAGUGCCAAGAGAACUCUGAGGGGGUGAAAGCUCCCCUGACAACAUCUGGAGCCCUUUGGGGGCAGAAAAGUAGCACAGACGGAGCAGUACCAAAAUCUUCUAGUGAAGGUGUCACUGACCUGAAAACAGUUAAGGUCUGUGACCAGAGGACCAAAUGUAAAAGUCGCUGUAAUGAAAUUCUGCCAGGCACCUCGGCAGGCAAUAAUCAAAGCACUGUUACUCUCUCGGUUGCUACUCAAAACUUACCUUUCACCAGCACCAGCUCACCAUCCAAUGGUGACUCAGUAAAUAAAGACCCUAAAUUAUGCACUAAAAGUCCAAGAAAGCGACUGUCUGCUGCACUGCAAGAGUCUCAGGUGCCUCCUGUAAAGAAACCAAUUGUGGAACAGCUUUCUGCAGUGACCAUGGAAGGUCAGAAACCAUGCACUGUUAAGAAGGACCAAAAAGUUCCGCAUUCAGGGAAACCAGAAAGCUCAACAGCAGGUGCUCAGGCCCCUAACAAGGUGUCCAUCGACGUCAGUGCACACAUUGUGGAGGAUCAGCCCUUGAACCCUGCUCUGGCUGCCAGUGAAUCAGUUCUGGAGCAGCAAACGCCGUCGUCGUCUCCAGAUGUAAAAGUGAAACUUGAAGGAAGUGUCUUUCUCUUGGAUCAUGAGUCCAAAUCUGAUGCCAGCUUUAAUCCUAACGCAUGGCAACAAGUUACUAAGGAUUCUGACUUGAUAGCUGCCAGCUGUGAACAACAGGAAGACAUUAGUGUCAUGACAAUUCCUGAGCAUUCCGAUAUCCAUGAUUUAGAGAAAUCUGUUUGGGAAUUAGAAGGCAUACCACAGGAUACAUACAGCCAGCAGCUACAUAGCCAGAUACCAGAAUCUUCUUUGAAUCAAAUCCAAGCACAGUCUUCAGAUCAGCUACCAUUGCAGUCCGAACUGAAAGAGUUUGAGUCCUCUGUUCCCCAGACUAAUGAAAGCUACUUUCCUUUUGAUGAUGAACUUACACAAGAUAGCAUUGUGGAAGAGCUGGUGCUUAUGGAGCAGCAGAUGUCAAUGAAUAAUUCGCAUUCUUACAGUAACUGCUUGGGAAUGGCCCUUCAGAGUCAGUCAGUAACUCCAGGAGCGCCGAUGUCAUCUCAUGCUUCCAGUACCCACUUCUAUCAUCCAAUCCAUAGCAAUGGCACUCCAAUUCACACGCCUACACCCACACCCACUCCUACACCCACUCCAACCCCAACUCCAACCCCAACUUCUGAAAUGAUUGCUGGGUCUCAGAGUCUGUCACGGGAGAGCCCUUGCUCCAGACUUGCCCAGACGACACCUGUGGAUAGUGCUUUAGGAAGUAGCCGACACACACCCAUUGGUACUCCCCAUUCUAAUUGUAGCAGUAGUGUCCCUCCAAGCCCUGUUGAAUGCAGGAAUCCAUUUGCAUUCACCCCAAUAAGCUCCAGUAUGGCUUAUCACGAUGCCAGCAUUGUCUCAAGCAGUCCUGUGAAACCAAUGCAAAGACCCAUGGCCACGCACCCUGAUAAGACCAAGCUUGAAUGGAUGAAUAACGGGUAUGGUGGGGUUGGCAAUUCAUCGGUUUCUGGCCAUGGCAUUCUCCCGAGCUAUCAGGAGCUAGUAGAAGAUCGUUUCAGGAAACCUCAUGCUUUUGCUGUGCCAGGACAGUCCUAUCAAUCUCAGUCCAGACAUCAUGACACUCAUUUUGGUCGUUUGACUCCUGUGUCUCCUGUGCAGCAUCAAGGUGCCACUGUAAACACCAACAGACAGGAAGGGUUUGCAGUCCCUGCUCCUCUUGAUAAUAAAGGAACUAAUUCAUCUGCCAGCAGCAACUUCAGGUGCCGGAGUGUGAGCCCUGCUGUCCACCGCCAACGGAAUCUUAGUGGAAGCACCCUCUAUCCUGUGUCUAAUAUCCCACGGUCUAAUGUAACUCCCUUUGGAAGUCCAGUAGCCCCAGAAGUUCACGUUUUCACAAAUGUUCACACAGAUGCAUGUGCCAACAACAUAGCUCAAAGAAGUCAGUCGGUUCCAUUGACAGUCAUGAUGCAGACAGCCUUCCCAAAUGCUCUGCAGAAGCAAACAAACAAUAAAAAGAUCACUAACGUUUUGUUGAGUAAACUUGAUUCUGACAAUGAUGAUGCAGUGAGAGGUUUGGGAGUGAACAACAUGCCCUCCAAUUACACAGCCCGGAUGAAUCUCACUCAGAUUUUGGAAACUUCCCCUGUUUUUCCUAGUGCCAAUUCACAAAAUAUGAUCGAUUCCAGCACUUCUGUUUAUGAAUUCCAAACACCAUCUUACCUCACCAAAAGUAAUAGCACCGAUCAGAUCAGUUUUUCUCCUGGAGAUAAUCAAGCACAACCUGAAAUUGGAGAGCAGCAGUUAGAUUUCAAUAGCACUGUUAAAGACCUGUUGAGUGGAGACAACCUGCAGAGCAGCCAGCAGCUAGGAGGUCAGGUACCCUCCGAUCUCACCAGCGCUGCAUCUGAUUUCCCUAGCGACAUCAGGUUGUCUUCUGACCUCUCAGGCAGCAUCAAUGAUUUGAACACCUUAGACCCAAAUCUGCUGUUUGACCCAGGCCGUCAGCAGGGACAAGAUGAUGAAGCCACACUGGAAGAAUUAAAGAAUGACCCACUGUUUCAACAGAUUUGCAGUGAGUCAAUGAACUCUAUGACUUCAUCAGGUUUUGAAUGGAUAGAAAGCAAGGACCAUCCUACUGUUGAAAUGUUGGGAUAAAUUGUGUUUUAUAAUAUGUAGCACACUGUAUCUAAGACAUAUGUAUUGUAUUUGUCUUAAUGGAAGUGCCUCCCGCAGCAGAAACACUAUUAAUUGUGACAUUUUAAAAGCGUUUGCUGCAGAAGUGGUUUCUUCUUCAGUAGGAAAUGGUUAGACUUGCCUCAGUUCUGGACACGUUUCUGAAGACAGUAGGCUGUAGAGCAAGUAUUAGGUUUUAAAUUUUAUAAUGUUCCCCCAUUUAAUCACAUUUGCUAGUAAAGAAUCCAGCUUUUUACAAGAGCAGUCUGGGUCUUUAUUUUGUAUAAGUUCAUUUUAAUUCAUCAAUUGAUCUACACAGAAUUUAAAAGAAACCAUCUUUAGUUAUAGAUUGUUUUGUUGUUGGCAUUAUCUUUUAGGUAUGAAAUCAUAGCUAAGGAAAGCUGUAGGCAAGAAAGUCUUCCUUAAAACAGGGAUAAUAUUCAGGUUAUUAUAAAUAUUUAAGCUUGAAACAUAAAGCUACUGUAGAGUGAGAAAUCUCUGUAGGACUUUCUGGGGCUUCGGUACCAUUUACUCCCACAAUGAAGGGCUUUUGUAGGAGAAAAUAAUGGAAAACAAAUGUUAAUUUAAGGAAAGUAAAAGCUGCACUAAAAAUUUUAAGAGGAAAACUAGUAGCCAUUUAUUUGUGACAUUGUAUUAGUCCAAUUUUAGAAGGUGACUUUUAAAAUGGAAACUCUCUAGCUCUCCCUCUCUGUUCCUCUCCCUCUUUCUCCCCCUCUCUCCCUCCCACCCUC